CGUGUAGCCUUACAGUUGAUGGAGAGCAUUGUACCGAGCAGGACAUACAUUAUUUUUUAAAUUCAGUUAAUCUUUUGAAACGAAACCAAAUAUAACACGUGCUCCUCCGGUGAUUAACAUACGAUCAUUGUGAAUAAUUUAUUGUGAUUUAUUGUAACUAGUUACUUGUCUUCGUGAAUCAUGAAGAAGGAGAAGAUUCGUCAUCUGUUAGAUCUUUCCAAAGCGGAGAAGCGCGCAUUUCUGGAUUCAUUUGAUAUGAUUUUAUCAGACUGCGAUGGCGUAGUGUGGAAUUUUACCGGACCAAUACCUGGGGUAAAUAAGGCAUUACAAUUGCUCAAACAAAAGGGCAAAAAAAUUGCUUUCAUAUCGAACAAUGGGAUGCGCACAAUGGAAGAGUACAAACAAAACUUCAGUAAACUAGGAAUCGAUGUUAGUGAGCGUGACAUCAUUCAUCCGGCGUUGACGACGGUUAAGUACCUCAAAUCGAUCAAAAUGCAGGAUGCCGUAUACUGUAUCGGCACUGAAAUUUUCAAGGAUUAUCUACGGAACGCCGGGUUCACGGUUCUUGAUGGGCCAACGGAACGUUUUCCUGAUGAAAGAGUGGCCAAUCCGGUGCGAGUCUACACCGACUUCUUUGAGGAAACCGACAGCCCGAAGGUCGGAGCUGUGGUGAUGGACAUUGAUGUAAAUAUCUCCCUUGCACAUCUGAUGAAAGCCAAGUGUUACCUGCAGCGAAAUCGAGACUGCUUACUCAUAGCUGGCGCCACAGAUAAAAUCGUCCCGUUGGAUUCAAGUAUGGACGUGAUAGGGCCGGGCUAUUUCAUUGACAUAUUGGAACGUGCCUCCCGACGGAAGGCGCUGGUGCUUGGGAAGCCUGGUCAAGCACUGGCCACCUUUGUGCUGGAGCAGUUUAAUGUUACCAGACCGAAACGAACGUUGUUUAUUGGAGAUAUGCUUCCGCAAGACAUGGGCUUCGGAACAAAGUGUGGCUUCCAGAAGAUUCUUAUGCUCAGCGGUGGCACGACGAAAAGCAUGAUGUUUUCUCAUGAAAGAUCAGAAGAACUGCCUAACUUUUACGCCAGCAGCUUCGCUGACUUCAUCCGGUUAUAUGAAGACAUUUCUCAAUAAGUAUUUGUAUAUAUAAGUAGUAUUUAUUUAGAUAAUGAUAUAUUUAUUAGCUUGAAAUGAUGCAUGAUCGUGAUUUAGUGUUAAUAAGUUUCAUAUGUCGCUGCCGACAAACAUACCAUAGUAAGGAAAAAAUUGACCAUAGUGUAAUGAAAUACGCACUAACGAAAAUAAAAACAUUGAGUGUGACUUA